CCUCUGCUGCAAGACAUGGAGGGCGUGACUGAGUACACAGAUAACGUCUCAGAGACAGUGGACAUUCCUUCUCCCUUUGAGUCGCUGGAGCCACCCAGUUCAGGGGGGUUUCUGAAGUUGUCCAAACCAUGCUGCUAUAUUUUUCCAGGAGGCAGAGGUGACUCCGCCCUGUUUGCAGUCAACGGCUUCAACAUUUUGAUUGAUGGCGGCUCAGAGCAAAAGUCUUGCUUCUGGAAACUGGUGCGACAUCUGGAUCGGAUCGAUUCUGUGAUCCUAACCCACAUUGGAGCUGAUAACCUGCCUGGAAUAAACGCACUGCUGCGAAGAAAAAUCGCAGAGCAGGAGGAAGAACACUCCCAGGGUUCAAACGGCUAUGGAGAAUGGAAGAAAAACCUGAUUUCACCUGAGCUCGGUGUGGUUUUUUUCAAUGUUCCAGAGAAACUGAAGCUAUUGGAGCCAACCCUGAAAGUUAAAAGAAGCAUUGAGGAAGCUUCUCUCACCUUGCAGUACCUCAGCAAAUUGGGAAUCAAGCCUGAACCUCUGCACAGAGUCGUCAGCAACACAAUCGAGCCGGUCUCACUUUUUCACAAGCUGGGUGUUGGAAAGUUAGACAUGUACAUUUUAAACCCGGUCAAAGACAGUAAGGAAAUGCAAUUCUUCAUGCAGAAAUGGGCAGGGAACAGUAAGGCUAAGACUGGAAUCACCUUGAGCAAUGGAAAGGAGGCAGAAAUAUCAGUUCCAUACCUCACAUCAGUUACAGCCCUAGUUGUCUGGGUGCCUGCCAGCCCAACUGAAAGGAUAGUGAGGGUACUUUUUCCUGGAAAUGCACCACAAAAUAAAAUUUUAGAGGGUCUGGAAAAGCUAAGGCAUCUUGACUUUUUGCGUUAUCCAGUUGCCACUCAAAAAGACAUAGCAGCUGGAGCACCAGUAAUUAAACAAACCAAACUUAAGCCAAGGACCGAUAGCAAGGAAAGCCUUAAAUCUUUGCCUAAAAUGCAGGUCACAACUAAAGCCAGCAAAAAGGAAACAAAUGAGGAUAUUGAGGCAAAAAGCAACCUAGUGAAAGAAAACAAAAUCGAGAAGAAAAAAAAAGUGCAGGAGAGUGUUAAAACUCCUAAACAAUUAAAAUCAAAUGCAGAGACAACUGACACAGCAAAGCAGGAGAAAAAGAAGCUGGUAAGAGAGAAAUCUCCCAAGAAACAUUUCAAGACAACCAAAAUGGAGGAAAAAAAAGAUAAGGAAAAGAAACAGAUUAAGAAAGAAAAGAAAGAAGUUAAAAAGCAAGAAUCUGCUAAAAUAAAGGAAGAAUCAAGUAAGCCUGAAUUACGGAAAAUCACCAAACCUGACCUAAAACCCUUCACGCCAGAGGUUAAAAAGACACUUAGCAAAGUAAAGGUUCAAUCAAAACCCAAGGCAGAAAAAACUAAAGCAAUUAAAGAGCAGGAGAACAGGCCUGCUGCACAACAAGUAUCAAAAGAGAAAGAGGAGAAUGACAGAUCCCUUGUCUCAUCCCCAGAGGAUCUUACCAAAGAUUUCGAAGCAUUGAGAGAAGAAGAACUCAGUAAUGCCCAAGAGAACAAAGUGCUCCUGAAUCCUGAAUCAGCUCUUCCUGAUACAAAACUCCCACACACUGAAUCUCCAGACGAAGGAAUAACCACCACUGAUGCUGAGACUGAAUCUCCACAUGAGGAAAAGCAUCUGUAUGAAGAAAUGAUAAAUGAAUCACUUACAAAGACAAAGGACAAGUUUGAGGAUGAGGGUGCAGCUACAGAAGAGGACUAUGAAGAAGAAUACAAGAUAGACACCAAAGCGGCCCCAAUUUCAGAAGUCAUGGAAAAGGCAGACGAUGAAAAGAGGCAGGACUUGAUGCAAAAAGAACAGGAUUUAGAAAAGAAACACAAAAAGAGUGACAGCGAGGAGGAGGAGGACGUUAUAGAAAAAGCUGAGCUGGAAGAAGCAGAGGACGUACUUCAUGUGGAGGAGCUCAAAUACAAACCUGAGGAGGCCAAAACAGAAAAACUUGGCAAGGACUGGGAAGCCAAGCGAACUGACACUAAACCUGCCGGUGCCAAUGAGAACAUCUCUUUCAUCCAAGAUGAAACCAUUCCUGUAUAUUCAGAAACUGAACAGACCCUUUCAGAUGAAGAGAUCCAUGAAGACACAGAGGACAAGAUCUCUCAUCUUUGCUAUGAUGAUGUUUCCGUCCCUGAUCAGCCUGUCCAUGGCAUAAAAGAGAUAAACCCCCCAACCAUAUCUGUUGCAUCUGAUUUAACAGCAAAGAUAAGUAAUGUGGGUCAAGAGCCAGCUUUAUCAACAUAUGCCAGUAAUAUCUUUGCAGCACCACUGGCAGAGGAGGAACACGUAUCCUCAGCCACUUCCAUUACUGAGUAUGAUAAAUUAUCCUCUUUUGCAACUUCUGUUACUGAAGACCAGUCGAUUGCAUCUGUGACAGCACCACCCACUGAGGAACUAGGAAAAAGCUCCUUGCUUCUGGACAAUGUAAAUGGUAUUCCAUUAUCCAACCGAACAGAAGGAAAGGAGUACUUGCACUCAGCGGGUACAAUCUCUCCAACAUCAUCUUUAGAAGAAGACAAAUGCUUUAAGUCACCACCAUCAGAAGAGUACCAACCCAUUGUUCCAGAGAUGGAAACUGCUGCAAAGCCAGCCACUCUCCCACAUGAUGAUGAUGACGACGACGAGGAAGAGGAUGAAGACCAGACUCCCAAUGUUGACAUGCCUCUUGGAAAACUCCAUGAAGCCUAUGCAUUUGCCACAGUGCAAGAACAAACACAAGAUCCUAAUAAAUGCUCCUCAGUUGUCCCUGCUUCUUCACCUGGAAUACAUACUGCCCCACAGGAAAAGGAUGAAAAAGUGGCUUCUCCUCUUCAAGAUGAGCUCAAAGCAGACCUCGCUGGGAAACAUCUACCCUCUGCACCCUGUUUCGUCGGCACACCAGAGGGAUAUCCAGCUUUAGAACUGGAAGAGAGGUGUAUAAGUGAAGAUGAUAGCACCGUAAGAAUGGCUUCACCUACACAGUCAUGCCCUACUAGUGUUGGUUAUUCCCCUACUGAAGAAAAGGCACCAAAGUCUUUAUUUAUGGAGAAGGAUGAGAAAACAGACAAGGAAAUACAUGGUGUUCAAAUGUCAACAAAGGGUAAAACAGAUGUAUCAAGUGACGAUACCAAAAAGACAAGCUCAGUAAAAAUAAUGGAGAAUGAAUGUGAUCCAUUUGAAGUGGGUUUCUCAAGCACAAAGGCGACAUUUGAUGAUUCAGGUGAAGAAGAAGAAGUAGAAGAUGACGAGGAAGAUGAGGAAGAAGAAGAGGAAGAAGUGCAAGAACAACAAAAAGAAUAUUUGUAUAGCAAGGAUGAGUUUAAGACCUGUAGUAAGACCAAAUACAAAGAAGAGCGAGAGUGUACCUUUCUUGAUGAAGAUGACACCUAUGAGCCACAGUCAGGACAACCAGAUUUAAUUUUCAGAAAAGAGAAAGAGGACUCGAAUAAAAAAGAUACCAUCCAAUCGGAUAAAGAAAACAAAUUCCAGAUACCCAGCUCUGAAGAGGAAACAGAAAAAGAAGAUACAGACUGCACUUACUCAAGCGUAAAAGAGGCUCAGGACAAGUUAGAUUCAGUGUCGGCUGGUCAAAGCAGAAAAGAUAUGUCAUUCCCAGACAGAGAUGACUUAACCGUGUCCCCCAAGAAUGGCGACAAAAGCGUACACUUUAACUUGUACUCUUUCCCUAAGAGUGAAAAGGAUCUGAAGGAAGAUAAUGUACGAGAACUAAGACAAGAUACACCUUACGUAGGGAAGAGUUUUACCUAUUCUGAUGUGUAUGAUAGUAAAUCAAGUUCGGUGGAGUCAUAUUCUCCAAACCUACCAAAAGACUUUGGUAAAUUUGAUAAAUUUGAUAGUGAUGGCAUUCUGAAGGAAACUGAGAAAAAAGACUCAGCAUACAGCUUUACAGAGGCUUCAAAUGUAUCGGAUUUUAAGCAAUCUCAUCUAAAGGAGAUCUCCUCAACAUGCAGUGAAACAAAAGCAACAAGCGAGGCAGCAUACCACAUAAACAUUACAGAAAAAACUAAACCAGAAGCUGUGUGUUCUUUCUCACCUGAAAGAGACCCAUUUUCUGUUACAUUCGAUAAGUUUACAGUUGAUGAAAAGUCAGGAAUCAGUGCUACACCGACAAAUGAUGAUCUAUACGAUGCUGGCUAUUCUGCAAAAAGUCCAAGUUCUUUGCCAGCUCAGUCUUUCAAAGAUGUGAUCAAAUCAACUGCUGAAGACAAGAUGUUAGCACGUGGGGAGGAGGACGAGGAAGAAGAGGAAGAAGAAGAUGAAGAUACUGAUAGCGAUGAUAGAGAUGUUUAUGAAAGAUAUGUCAGCGGCAGUGCCAUAGAGAAGGAUGCCAAAGACAGUUUUAAGAAAGAAUUAAGCCCAACAUGUGGUGCCAUCAGCAAAGUGCCUUCUGAAUUAGAGAAAGAAAGAAAGGACUCAUUACAAGGACAAAACCUAUAUCCUGUCAAAUCUGACAAACCUACAACACCAACUUUAUUUGAUCACAGUACAAGCUCCAGCAAUGCAGAGGAACCAUUUCAGGUCUCAUCACUUCUCUCUGGAAGUCACAUGGCAGAAUAUUCCUCUGAAUAUGCAUCUUCCUAUGAUAAGGAGAACAAACCUGUUCCACUGAGUCAGUUUACUGAAAAAGAUGAUAGUGACAUUCAUUCUUCCUUCUCCAAAAAAUCAAGUGAGGACAAACAUCACAGUGACAAAGAUAAUGAGUCAGAAAAGCAAAAAACACCAGACAUCUUAGCAAAAAAACCCGAAGACACUGUUUCACCAGGUUUUAAUUAUGCAACUUCAUCAGCUCUUGCAUAUUCCUCUUCUUCCUCCUCUGCAUCUGCCUCCCUCUCUACCAGCCGCCAGUUUGGAGAAGAACUAGAGAUGCCUGCCAGUGUGGGUUACGAGUAUUCACCCUUUAAAGAUGAGCACUCUCCUGUUAUGGAUUCUCCAUUCUCCAGUUCUGGUGGGCUGGUCAAAGAUGAGUACUUAGAGGUGUCAGAGAAGCUGACUCCUGCCACCACCACAGCAGAGUCUACGUCUAGCUUAGCAAGGUUUUUACCACUGUCACCUUUUGAGGAGAUCAAACCGUUCCCUUCUCACUCAGUAACCCCAGAUGAGAAAAUAGAAGAACUUUUUGCAAGUGGUGCCUUGGACAAAGGCUUCCAGGGUGCCUGCUUUUACAAGCCAGAGUGGGAGAAGGAGACAGGACUGCAGGGUGAAUAUGCUGCUACUGGGCCUUACAAUCUUCCAUCCCAGUCUGCUGAGAAAGACUCAAUAAAGAAAGAUCUGUUUGUUUCUUCGUUGUCACCUCGUGCUGACCUGGCUGCAAAACAAUAUUAUGAAGAAACAGAAAGUAGUGAGGAGGAGGAGGAGGAGGGUUACAUGUUUGAAAAGUCAUUUCCAACGCAGUCAGACAAAAGAGAUCCAUUUUCUUUUACUGAUAAAGUAGAUGCCCUUCCAAAUGUCCUCACGUAUACUUCUUCAAUGCCACAUAUAACAAAACCAGACACUUUAAAUGGCCCUGCAGAGAUCAGCAUGGCAGCGUCUGAGGCUUUUGGUGGAGACACCAAGGUAACAUCAAGCCUAUCAAAAUCUGAAAUGGGAAGUGAGCAGUUUGAAUCCUGCAAAGUUAGGAAUCCAUUUGAAUGGGAGAUGCAGAAGCAAAGAGGCAUCUACCCAGGGGAUUCACCGCCUCACUAUCGUCAUGAGGAUGAGUAUGAGGAAGAGGAGGAAACAGAGCCUGAGCACCCACCCCGUCCUCUUUCUCUAACAUCUGCAGAUCAGUCCUUCCCAUCUUCCUACUACAGAGAAGAGUCAAGCAAGCUUGAUCACUCAGAUUAUCCUCCAGAUACAUAUAUGGGUGCCCACUCUUCUUCGCCUUCUGCAGGUUACUCAUCCUCUGAGUACAAACACAGAAAGGGAGACACUUCUCCAUCAUUCAUCAACCCAAGCCUACGACAGCUUUCCAGUGAUGAGGAAGAUGAAGAACAAAGAAGCCAGGACGUAGAUCAGCAGCAGCCAUCGUGUAAAAUAAGAUCCCUUUACCAGCCUCAGCAUGGUUCUCAUCGGGAGGACAGUGAAUCACAGCACCACUCUCGAGUGAUGGCCACAGGCAUCGGGCUAGCUGGAGAGGACACACCCCCAACAUCUGUCAGCGAAUCCCUGCCUUCGCAGACCGAUUCUGAUGUUCCACCAGGAACUGAGGAGUGUCCGUCUAUCACAGCAGAAGGGAAUGCUGAAUCUGAUGAGGAUGCAGAUUAUCUGCCUGUGGAUAAAUCAUCUGGUGUCUACGGAGGAAAACACGCAUCCAGGUCAGAGAAGACUCAUGACCCAUUUCCUACACCUAUGAUGGAUCCAGCCCCUUACCCACCUCAUCCUGAUGUGUGCAUGGUAGACCCAGAGGCUCUUUCCAGUCUUACUGACAAACCUUUAAAAAGAGAUCCAAAAACCAAAGCUCUGCGUAAAUCAAGUAAGUCAAGGUCACCUGCCAGGAAACCAGGUGCUAUUCGCAAAAGGUCCCCAUCGAAAGACCCCUCUCCUCGUACCACAUCUCUAAAGAAAAAGGACUUAGAUGAUGAUCUGUCCAGGUCAAGUCACAACACUGGCAAGGGACUUGUCAAUGGGAUUAAAAGUAUAUCAGGUACAAACUCCGCAAAAUCCAGUUCUGCUAUUCCCCCCAGUCAACCGAUCUAUGUGGACCUGGCCUACAUUCCCAACCACUGCAGUGCUAAAAAUGUCGACCAGGAGUUCUUUAAACGUGUGCGCUCUGCCUACUACGUAGUGAGUGGAAAUGACUCUAGCAAUGGCGAGCCUAGCCGUGUGGUCCUGGAUGCAUUGCUGGAGGGAAAAGCACAAUGGGGAUCUAAUCUUCAGGUGACGUUGAUUCCUACUCAUGACACAGAGGUCAUGAGGGAGUGGUACCAACAGACCCACGAGAAGCAGCAGGAGCUGAACAUCAUGGUUUUGGCCAGCAGCAGCACAGUUGUCAUGCAGGAUGAGUCUUUCCCUGCCUGCAAGAUUGAGUUUUAGUCUGGCAUGGUUCCCAAUGCACACCAGGUUUACUCCAAAACAGUCCCUUACAGCCUUAAAUGUCAUUUAUUCAGUCUAACAAGCUCCAGGCACGUUGAUAGCUCUUGGUCCAGUCAAAAUACCUAAUAGUCUGAUCCUGGCUGUAACAACAUUCCGUGUUAUACAU